AUGGAGUCACCUUUCAAGGGUGCCAUUUUGAAAGGAAAAGUAGGAUUGUUGACUGGUGGUGGAUCAGGAAUCGGGUAUGAAAUCGCCGCUGAGUUGGGUAAACAUGGAGCUUCCAUCGUGAUCAUGGGCCGUCGCAAACAUGUCCUUGACUCAGCCGUUUCUGCAUUACGUUCCCUUGGCAUUGAUGCUAUCGGAGUUGAAGGAGAUGUUCGGAAAAAAGAGGAUACUGUUCGAGUUGUAGAUGCGACGAUUAAGCAAUUUGGCAAGCUUGACAUCCUUGUAAAUGCCGCCGCUGGAAACUUUCUUGUGCCUGCUGAAGAUUUAUCCCCUAAUGGUUUCCGAACAGUAAUGGACAUAGAUGCAGUUGGGACAUUCACAAUGUGUCAUGUAGCAUUUCCAUAUCUAAAGAAAGGAGGAAUAAUCAUAAACAUAAGUGCAACUUUGCAUUUAACAGCAACUUGGUAUCAAAUUCAUGCCUCUGCUGCAAAGGCAGCUGUAGAUAGCCUUACAAGAAGCCUAGCAUUAGAAUGGGGAACGGAUUAUGGUAUUAGAGUCAAUGGGAUUGCACCAGGUCCGAUUGAUGACACUACAGGUGCUUCAAAGCUCAUAACAGAGGAAGUCAAUCUCAAGAAACAACAAGAUUCUGCUUUGUAUAGGAUGGGUGAGAAAUGGGAUAUUGCAAUGGCCGCUCUAUAUCUCGCGUCUGAUGCAGGUAAAUAUGUGAAUGGGGUAACGUUGGUUGUUGAUGGAGGAAUAUGGUUGAGCAGCCCUAGACAUAUGUCAAAAGACGAAGUAAAACAACUUUCAAAGACGGUAGAGAAAAGGUCUAGAGAUGCCCCAGUUGGUGUUCCAAAAAGCAACCUUUGAUUUCAUGCUUUUUUUCAGGU